CUCUAACAGCUGUUUUUGCUUCUGCAUUCUCAAAUACGGUAAGGUUAGCUUCUCGGAAGUCUCUUGCGUAGGCUGUAAGUGUUCUUCACAGUUCAGCUGAUAUUGUUGGCCUGAUAGAUGCAGGCGACUCAUGUCUUGUCGAAGGCGGUGAUGGCGAGUUAUGAUUGAUUGUCUGUCCGUGUAACAUUAUGCUAGUGGAAAGACGUUUAUUUUUUUUUUGACUUUCUCUCCUUAUACUACUAUAGAGGGUGACAGUGUAUAUGAAUAUAAGGAAGUUUUUGGUUUUAGUAUUUUUUUUAGCAGUAUGUGUAGCACUCCCUGUGAAGCGUGCUUCUACUGAUAUGGGGACACUUUGUUCAGUUGUAAUUGGUGGAGUUUUUGCAGAUUGUAUUAUCAACAAUAGUUGUUCACCAACAAGAACUUGUGGUGCAGUUGUAGGUGGGUUUGUCUGCUGGUUAGCUGGAAGAGCUGAAAAUGUUCUUGACUUCAAAAUUCAAAGUUCUCAAAGUGAUGAUACAUCAACAUGUGAAUGUGUUAAACAAAAUGGUUAUUGCUAUUUAAGAGAAGACUUAUAAGUGUAAAAGGCAUUUUUAUCCUCUUUCUGAAAUUUAU